UCAAACGCAUCUUGCAAAGCUUCCAAAGACGCUGAAAAUCAAGUUAAAACCACUCCAGAAAGGUCUGAUCGAAGAAGAAGCACAAGAGGAAAGAAAGAGGAGAACGCCAGUAUACACCUCAAAGAAGCAUCUGAAAAACCUGACAGGUUUCAGGAGGCUACGGUUCAGGUUUUGGACUCUGUGGAAGGGGAGGCUGUCAAUAAUGGACUAACCAUCGCAUCUAGAACAACCAGAGGAAGGAGGGAACGAGCUAAGACGGAUGCUUCUUCAAUUGACCAAACGAUGGAAGAGGACACCACACCAACAAAGGGGAGGUGUACUCCGUCCAGAGAGUCCCAAAGCUGCGAGAAAGAUUCUCCAAAAGAGAGCCCACCAACAAAGACCUUUGAAGCACUAGAUUCUGUGGAGGUCGAGGUUAUGAAGGAUGAUGGGCCUAGUACGAGAGCAAAAGGAAAGAGGGGAAGACCUAAAAAACAGAAUGUAGCAACAAAUCGAGAAGGAGCGACACCAGCAGUGAUUGAAAACUUGCCGGAGACCAGAUCGCUCAGCCAUGAGGAGGAACCUGUUAACGUCUUGAACCCAAAGACUCUGGUGACUUUGGAUGAUGCUGGAGGUGAUGAAGAGGAAAAAACAGAUGGAUACCUAGCUGGGAAAACCUCAAGACCUGCAGAGCUCAAACACGAUGAUGACACAGAGGAAAGUAUGCAUGUGGUGACCGUUGACGAGGCCGGAGAGGAGGUCAAGGAGGCGGUAACACCCAGGAGAAGAGGCCGAGCCAGGAGGAGCAGACAGACUCCUGUGAGGAAAUCUACCAGAGGGAAAACUGUGAGCACAAAAGAGGAACUUCCUCCCUCUUCACUUGAUGCCUCCCUCCAUGUGGAGCUCCAGAAGACAGAGGAGGCUGCCUCUGCUGGGCCGGAGCUGCUACUGCAGAACAAAAGCCUGGAGGGAUGUGCAGAAGAAGAAGGGGAGGAGGAGGACACAGAAUGGAGCAGGGCUGAUAUUAAAGCUUUAAAUGAAAGCAGGAGGGAGUCUCCUUCUGUCCCUGCAGACUUCAAACUGCCGGACUUCAAACCCAACAACCCCCUCGGUCAGGAGUUCAUCGUCCCCAAAUCCAGGUAUUUCUGUAAACUGUGCUCCGAUUUCUACCUGAACGAGAGGACGGCCAAGGAGCUCCACUGCAGCAGCCAGAAGCACUACGACAACCUGCAGAAAUAUUUCCAGGAACUUGAAGACAAGUCAUGAAGCUCAUCGCAAAGCUCUCGAGGCUCUGCGUCUGAUUGAUCCAUUUUUUAAGAAAUGAUAAACUGAUUACCUUUUUCAGAGGUUUUUUUGUUGUUGUUGAGGUUUUCAACCACUGCAGAUCGAUUUGUAAAUAAAGCAGUUUGUUUAAGUUAAAA